AUGACAGCUGACAAACUCAAUUACAGAUGUUUGUAAACAAACUUUGAGAAGACACGUGAUGGAAGUUGAGUGGGCGUAAAACGUAUUUCAUGUCUUACAGAAUUAUUAAAAAAUGAUUCUUAUAUUGAAAAAUGAUCACAAACAGAACCUUUCGUUACUUAUGUUGCAGCCAAUCCCGGUGUUACAGGAUUUCUGCAAGCUUGCUUUAGAAUACAUUCAGAAAGGUCCCAAUCCAAAACUCUACAAUGUUGCUGCCCAAAAGUUAGAUGUUCAGGUGGAAUCCAUUCGAGGCGCUGUUGAAGGGUUGGUGUUCCUGCUUGUCGAGAGCUGUAGAAAUGAGCUGAGCGAGCAGGACUUCAGGGACUUGGUGCUGGCGCUGGGCUUCGCCGAGGGCCACCAGCAGCAGCUGAGCGCGGUCUACGAGGACAAGAAGGGGGACGUGCGCUCCGCGCUGGCCCAGCUGACCCUCAGGGAGCCCCACUACCGCGACCUCGAGUGGAGGCUGGACGUCCAGCUGGGGUCGAGGGCACUGCGGCAGCAGGUGACCCCGCUGGUGACCAUGAAGCUGUCGCUGGACUCGGGCCGGCAGGUCUGCCUGCAGACGGACCCCGUCAACCUGGCGCACGCCGCCGAGGUCCUGGAGGGGGCGCUGCUCGAGAGCCGGAGCCAGCACUCGCGCCGCGUCGCCCGCAGCUUCGAGUGAGCCGGCGUUCCCCUCCUGGCACGUGCCGCACCGUCACACACCAUUCCUCUCCCAACGACACGGGGCGUGGUACGUAGGUCCUGAAAGUCACGGCACUGAAGGACUCCGUCGAAAAACUGUGGAAAUGUCAUCAAAAAAAAUCUCGGAAAUAAAUGUCACUGUGCUGUAAAUCACAACAUAUUUGAUAUAA